AUGGAAAAUUUGGGCUCUGAAAGAGAAGUGGUUUCACGCAAUUUAUGCGCUGUUGUAGAUAUUGGAUCUAACGGUAUCCGUUUUAGUAUUUCCUCGAAAGCUUCUCACCAUGCAAGGAUAAUGCCCUGUGUUUUUAAAGACAGAGUGGGUAUCUCAUUGUUUGAUGUUCAAUAUUCUCCAAACUCUUUAGAAAAGGCACCUAUACCUGUGGAGACCAUCAAGGAUGUUUGUGCUGCUAUGAAAAGAUUUAAAUUAAUCUGUGAUGAUUUUGGUGUUCCUUCUACUGGUGUUCGUGUGGUGGCUACUGAAGCUACAAGAGAAGCCAUAAACUCCAAGGAUUUCAUUCAGGCAAUAAAUAAUUCGACCGGAUGGCAAGUUGAGCUUUUACCAAAAGAAGAGGAAGGAAGAAUUGGUGCUUAUGGUGUGAUCUCAUCGUUUAAUUCUGUUUCGGGACUAUAUAUGGAUUUGGGUGGUGGUAGCACUCAAUUAUCGUGGAUCCAAUGCUUUAAUGGAGAAAUCAAACAAUCGUCUACUCCGAUUUCGUUACCUUAUGGUGCUGGUGCUCUGUCUAGAAGAUUGAAGGUAGAAGAUAGAAGGGCAUUAUUUUUGGAAAUUAAGGAUGCCUACAAGCGGGCCAUCAAACAUAUCGGGAUUCCCGAGGAAAUGAAAAAAAGAGCCACAGAGAAUGGUGGUUACGAUAUAUAUGCGUGUGGUGGUGGUUUAAGAGGUAUGGGCCAUUUAAUAUUGUCUCAAAUUAAAGAUUAUCCAAUUCAAACCAUUAUCAAUGGGUUUUCUUGUUCUUAUGACGAAUUUUGCUCUAUGUGCGAUUAUUUAUUUUUAAAAGGCCAUGUACCAGAAUGCCAUAACAAAUCCAAGAUAUUUAAAGUGUCAGAAAGAAGGGCACAACAAUUACCAGCUGUUGGUUUGUUAAUGAGCGCUGCCUUUGAAUCAUUGCCUAACAUCAGCAAUAUGCAUUUUAGCGAAGGAGGUGUUAGAGAGGGUACCUUGUAUUCUAUCUUGCCCAGGGAAAUACGUGCACAGGAUCCAUUACAUAUUGCCUCAAGACCUUAUUCACCAUUAUUGGCUUCGAAAUACUUGGAUUUAUUGAAAACAGCAAUGCCACUGGAUGAAAUACCACCAAUGAUAUAUAAAAGAGUAGCACCAGCGUUGUGUAAUUUGGCAUUUGUGCAUGCAUCAUAUCCAAAAGAAUUACAAUCUACCGCCGCCUUGCAUGUUGCCACAACAGGAAUCAUUGCUGGAUGCCAUGGGUUGUCACAUCGUAUAAGAGCCCUAAUUGGUAUAGCUUUGUGUGAUAGAUGGGGUGGGGACAUUCCACAGCCAGAAUUGGAAUAUAAAAAGAAACUUGAAGAGGUUGUACUAAGGGAUGGUGAUAGAUCACAGAGGGAAAAACUUAUAUGGUGGACCAAAUACAUUGGUACGAUCAUGUAUGUCAUUUGUGGCGUUCAUCCUGGCGGUAACAUAAGAGAUGGCGUUUUUAAUUUUCAAAUUAAUGAAAAAGAUGAAAUGGAUAUUGAUGCAGCAGCAACUCCUUCCAAAAAAAGGACAAUUGAAGUAAUUGUUCAAAUCAGUAAGGAUGAUUUGAAAACUAGUGCCAGUGUUAGGGGUAGAAUUAUCACUUUGCAAAAGAAAAUUAGGAAGUUGUCACGCGGAAGCGCACAGAAGGUUAAAAUUGGGGUUCAAUUUUAUGCGAAUGAAGAAGGUCAUGUUAGUAACUAG